AUGCUUGCCCCCAACACGUGGGACCCGCAUCAGACGCUGCUAGAGGGUCCUUGGGGGAGACCUCUCCCAGGAGUCUUCUCCCGCCCCCUCAGCAUUGGAGGAUCGAAGACGGUUCAUGUCAAGUUAUGCUUCUCGGCAUCGAAGUGGACGGAUGAAGACUCGUCAGAACGCGAGCUGAUCGCUUUCUUGGAGGAGAGCCUGGGGGAGGAGGAAGUCGGCGAGGUUGUUAGACAGGUCACCAGGAUGCUGCGGAUCUCACCUGAAGACAACCGACGCGAGCAAGAGUUUCGUUCUCUCUUCCCACAAGCAGAACAAGACCACUGGUUCCGGUUGUUCCGAUCGCCCAGCAUGUUUGAGGACGCCUGCAAAACCAUCACCCUCUGCAAUGCGGGCUGGGGGAGGACGAUCACUAUGAACCAACUGCUGUGUGAAAAAGUCAGCAGCUGCGGCGGCUUUCCAACUCCCUUGGAACUGAGCUCUUGGGAUCCUGAGGACUUGAAGCGCGAGUGCGGCGUCGGUUAUAGAGCAGCAAGACUCAUCAGCCUCGCUCGCAGAGCUGUCGAGUCGGAGGAGCUGGAGGAGCUGGAGAAGCUCGCUCGACGCUGUCGCUCUCCAUCCGUCGGAGAGGCUCAGCAGGGCGAACUGAGGGCGAAGCUGCUUGCCCUCGAGGGGUUCGGCCCCUACGCGACAGACAACAUGCUCAUGCUACUGGGGAUCUACAACAACAUCGCCAUUGACUCCGAGACCCUCCGGCACCUCAAGUCCCUUCAUGGCGUUGAUGAAAAAUCUGCUGCUCGGGCAGUACAGAAAGUGUCAAAGAUAUACGACAGGUAUUGCCCAUAUCAGUUUCUGGUAUACUGGCGGGAGCUGUGGAAGGACUACGAAAGGUUGUGCGGUCCCCUUCACCUCCUUCCCUCCUCUCGCUACUCCAUGUUGUGCGCCAACCACAUGAAGAAAAUUCGAAGCUGAAA